CGCCCCCCUUUUAAUAUAAUUCAUAAUAUAAUUUUAAGAUUAUUGGGCUCAAAAAUUACGACAAAUGUUGCUUCUCUUCGAAACCCCAGCUGGGUUCGCCCUCUUCAAAGUCUUAGACGAAGGCAAACUCUCCAAAGUUGAGGAUUUAUGGAAGGAGUUUUCUUCAUCAGAAUCAGCUAGAAAGGUGGUUAAAUUGAAGGCAUUCAGUAAAUUUGAGAAUACAUCAGAGGCUUUGGCGGCUUCCACCUUGCUAAUUGAUAGCAAACCAAGCAAGGAUCUUCGUAAAUUUUUACGCAGUCACUGCGAUGGAGAAACAUUAGCUGUUGCUGAUUCCAGACUUGGGAAUGCGAUAAAAGAGAAAUUGAAAAUUGACUGUCUUCAUAACAAUGCUGUCAUGGAGCUGAUGAGAGGAGUGAGGAGCCAGCUCACUGAGCUUAUAUCUGGGCUGGGUGUGCAGGAUCUUGCACCUAUGAGCUUGGGCUUGUCACAUAGCUUAUCUCGAUUUAAGCUGAAGUUUAGCCCAGAUAAGGUGGAUACUAUGAUUAUUCAAGCUAUCGGAUUGUUAGAUGACCUUGAUAAGGAGCUUAACACUUAUGCUAUGAGAGUUCGUGAAUGGUAUGGCUGGCAUUUUCCCGAACUUGCGAAAAUAGUGCAGGACAAUAUACAAUAUGCAAAGGUGGUAAAGCUUAUGGGCAAUCGUGUGAAUGCUGCAAACCUUGAUUUCUCUGAGGUUUUAUCGGAGGAGGCUGAAGCAGAGCUAAAAGAGGCAGCUGUUAUAUCUAUGGGAACUGAAGUUAGUGACUUAGAUUUAUUGAACAUUAAAGAACUAUGUGAUCAGGUUUUAGCCCUUUCAGAGUAUCGGGCUCAGCUGUAUGACUAUUUGAAGAGCAGAAUGAAUACAAUUGCACCAAAUUUGACUGCCCUUGUUGGAGAGCUUGUUGGAGCACGACUUAUUGCUCAUGGUGGUAGUUUAUUGAAUCUAGCGAAGCAACCUGGGAGUACUGUUCAGAUUCUUGGUGCAGAGAAGGCCCUUUUCAGAGCUCUAAAGACGAAGCAUGCCACACCAAAAUAUGGGCUUAUUUUCCAUGCAUCCUUAGUUGGCCAAGCUGCCCCCAAAAUGAAGGGUAAGAUUUCUCGAUCUCUUGCAGCCAAGACUGCACUAGCCAUCCGAUAUGAUGCCCUUGGCGAUGGCCAAGACAACUCUAUGGGACUUGAGAAUCGAGCCAAGCUUGAGGCUCGUCUGAGGGUUCUUGAGGGCAGAGAAUUAGGCCAAUCAGCUGGAUCUACAAAAGGAAAACCAAAGAUUGAGGUUUAUGACAAAGACCGAAAGAAGGGAGCAGGGGCUUUGAUUACUGCUGCCAAGAGCUAUAAUCCGUCAUCUGACAUAGUUUUGGAAAGAAACUCAGUAACUGAUGCGGAAAUGUUGACCAAGGGAGAUGAGGCAUUGCCAUCGAAAAAGAGGAAGCACGAAGAAGGAGAAGAGAGGGUUGAUGAGGACGGGGAGAAAAAGAAGAAGAAGAAGAAAAAGAAGACCGAGGUAGAGAAUGGUGAUCAAGAUAACGAGGUUAAUGAGAAGCAGAAGAAGAAGAAGAAAGCAGAGCAAAUUGCAGAACCAGGAGAUGAAGAAACGGCGAGCAAGAAAGAGAAGAAGAAGAAGAAGAAGCAUACAGAAGGAGAGGAUGAAGCUCAAGAUAACGGUAAAGAAGAAGAUGAUGCAACAGAGAGCAAGAAGGACAAGAAGAAGAAGAAGAAGGAAAAGAAGAGAAGUGAAUGACACUAAGAAAGCUGAGAAAGAGAAAGUUGGUUUUUGUUUUUUUGUGUAAUGGUACGCAUGAGAAAGAAGUUUAGGUGUAUGGCUAGUGCAAUUUUUGGAUUUGUCAGUCUUACGGUUUAAGACAGUGGAUUAUGUAAUAUAUAUAUUUAUAUUUCUCUUGUUUGAUGCUAGUUUAUGUUAGAUUUCUCUUGUAGCAAGGAAAAUUUUUAGGUUUAAAUACAUUUGCAUCUCUUCUA